AUUUGGGCUGAGGAUGGGGUUGGGGUGAUUCUUGAAAUAACCUGUUGUUAUUGUUUUACAAAUUUGGCUUAUAAUAACAUGCUUUAUAAGCCAUUUUUAAUCGUAAAUUCCGUAACAAAUAUGAAUUUCAUUUUCGUGAAUGAAAGUUCCUAUGACAAUUCAG